AUGGAUCGAGUGAACCUUGACGGAAAACCAAUCCAGCCGAUAUCAAUAUGCAUGAUCGGCGGUGGAGGUUUCAUCGGAUCACAUCUCUGCGAAAAGCUAAUGUCCGAAACAUCUCACAAAGCUAUCGUCGUCGAUGUCUCCUCCGACAAAAUCAAAAAUCUCCUUGAUAAGUCUCUUCCUUGGGCCAACCGUAUCGAAUUUCAUCAAAUGAACAUCAAGAACGAUUCUCGCCUUGAAACUCUUGUCAAAGCUGCUGAUCUCACGAUUAAUCUUGCUGCGAUUUGUACUCCGGCGGAUUAUAAUACGCGGCCAUUGGAUACGAUUUUCAGUAAUUUCGUUGAUGCGAUUCCGGUGAUUAAAUUUUGCACUGAGAACAAAAAGCGUUUGAUUCAUUUUUCUACCUGUGAGGUAUUUGGGAAGACUAUAGGUAGCUUUCUGCCUGAAGAAUAUAGAAAGGACCCCAAAUAUUACAUGCUCACAGAAGAUGUGACUCCUUGUAUAUUUGGUCCUGUUGAGAAGCAAAGGUGGUCUUAUGCUUGUGCAAAGCAAAUGACAGACAGGCUAAUUUAUGCUGAGUAUGCUGAGAAUGGCCUCAAGUUCACUAUUGUGAGACCUUAUAACUGGAUUGGACCAAGAAUGGACUUCAUUCCUGGUGUGGAUGGCCCAAGUGAUGGUGUCCCCAGAGUUUUAGCUUGUUUCAGUAAUAAUCUUCUGCGUGGCGAGCCGCUCAAACUUGUUGACGGUGGACAAUCAAAGAGAACCGUUCUCUAUAUCAAAGAUGCAAUUGAAGCUGUUUUGUUAAUGAUUGAUAACCCUGAUAGAGCAAAUGGACACAUCUUUAAUGUGGGAAACCCAGAUAAUGAAGUAUCUGUUAAGGAACUAGCUGAGCUUAUGAUAAAGGUAUAUGCAAAGGUGGCUGAUAUACCUGCUUCUAGUCUAUCAACUCUGAAUGUGCGUUCGGAGGAUUUCUAUGGUAAAGGCUAUGAUGACAGUGAUAGGCGCAUUCCUGACAUGACGAUUAUCACCAGACAACUUGGUUGGAAGCCAAAGACAUCUCUUGAUGACCUGUUGGAUUCAACCCUUCGAUAUCAACAUCAGACAUAUUCUCAUGCUAUCAAAAAAGAACUCUCAAAAGCUUCAACUUGAUUAAUUAAUAACUACAAAGUUGAAUUGGAGAUUUAGUUUACUUCUUAUUUUUUAUGUAAACAUGUCACUGCCAUUAGAGGCAAUCUGAUAAAUGUAUAUGAUGCACUAAUUGUGAGGUCUAGAUCACAAGUAUAGUGUAUAUCUAUAGUCAUAUUUUUCUGAUGAUUCUACCUGUAACUCUUAGCUUUUUGAAUGCAUAUU